AUGGCUUCUCGAGCAAUGCUGCCUCUGCGCAGCUUGCUCAGCAGGCAAUGCGCCGGCUCGCUCCGCCAGCAACAAAGAGCAUCGAGCUCGUCAACACAGGCGCUGGCCUACAAGGCUCUCCACCGCCGUAUCGCGCCACUGCCUACCGAGGACCGCCCUCCUGCCUGGUCUGCACCUGCCGCAGUCAGCAACAUCCUCUACGAAACGCCACUUCCAUCCCAAGCACCCCCGAAGAGUCACAUCUUGAACUGCUUGGUACAAAACGAGCCUGGUGUGCUGUCUCGUGUAUCUGGUAUCUUGGCCGCGCGUGGCUUCAACAUUGACAGUCUGGUUGUCUGUAAUACAGAGGUAGACGAUCUCUCUCGCAUGACCAUUGUCCUCCAGGGUCAAGAUGGUGUCAUUGAGCAAGCCCGCCGCCAACUCGAAGAUCUUGUGCCUGUCUGGGCCGUACUUGACUACACCCAGUCACCGCUUGUACAGCGUGAGCUAUUACUUGCCAAGGUCUCGAUUCUCGGCCCAGAGUACUUUGAGGAACUUCUUGCCCACCACCGCGAAAUGGCUCAGACACCCGACAUGGAGGGUGCCUACGAGACAGAGGACUUGUCUGAAGAUGAGCGCAAUGCUAUGGCCCAAGAAGCUGCUCGCGAUUCUCUGAGGAAAGACUAUCAUCCUACAAAUCUGCCCAUCAGUCAGGCACUGCGACACAAGCAUGAGCAUCUACGAGCCAUCACUUUCAUGACUCAUCAAUUCGGCGGAAAAGUGCUCGACAUCAGCACCAACAACUGUAUUGUCGAGGUAUCGGCAAAACCCACCAGGAUUGACUCCUACAUGAAGCUCAUCGCUCCAUUUGGAAUUCUGGAGUCGGCGAGGACUGGUCUGAUGGCGCUUCCCCGUUCGCCACUUCACAGCACUGCCGAGGUCGAAGAAAUGGAGGCACAAGACGUUGUGGACAACAGCUUGCUUCCCCCGGGUUAGACGAACAAUCCAGGCGAGAUGGUAUUUAGGGUGUAGAAGUACUAUACUCGCUGCGUGUGUGCCGCUGUUCGCACGAAAAACGACUACUGUAUUUGUCCGAGACCACAUGUACCUCUAGGCAGAGCAAUGAAUAAUGUUGAUACCCGC